AUGGCACCCAACGAGCACCAAGAGGAUGGCAAUCAGUGGCAGUCCCCUGACACAGAAGAGAGCUUCUCGGCCUUCCCACCGUCGAACGACUCCCAAACAAUGAAUGGCAUGGGUGCUUGGGAUUCGAUGGGUCAUAUUGACCCAAGUCUUUCAGUCGACAUGAACUGGUCACAACAUCCCAACAAUACACAUCAGCAGAUGCAUGGUGGCGCGAACGAUGUUGCAUGUUGUACGCCCGCAUCUCCUCGCGAUGAUCGCUUCCAGCUGGAUGACCCAAACAACUAUAGCAUCGAGUCUAUCAAUGCGGUCAUGGACAUGGCAGAGCGUCUAACAAAGCGUGAGCGCCAGUAUUGGUUUGGAAUGACUCAACAGCAUGUGGUGGAUGGGAGCAAUGGCCUUCAUAUGCCUUCCAACACUACUUUGUCGAGCUUCAACCGUUCAAGCGUCAGCGGGGCCGAAGGCUCCACAACAACACCAUCCUCAACCGGUAUGUAUGCAGACAAUACAACUUGCCGCAUGAUGAUCGAGGAUUCCAAUACCCGCAACUGCGGAUUGCUUGUAGAUGAACUAUCCCAAGGCUUUCGAGCCCCUCUGGGAAAUGCUCUAGACCCCCACCAAUUUCUUCAACCACUACUGCCACUACCCGGAAACCAGGAAAUUGGAUUGUAUCCAGGCUGUAUGACCGAGCGGCCUUUCGGGUAUGACCCAAACUCUUUGCACUCGACAAUGCCCACCCAGCUAUCGGAUACGCGUUCUACAACCGAUGCUUCGUCGACCGCGCUGUCCGAGAUUCAUUGCGACGAGAAGGGCUGUAACAAAGUCUUCCAUGGCAAAUGGCGGCGAGGCAACCUAGCUCGGCACCAGAAGCAAGUACACAAAGACCAAGCGAUCUUCAUCUGUGCUGCGUGUGACCGAGUGUUCCGGCGAGACGAUGCUAGACUGAAGCACAUGAGGAAGCAGCACAAUCGCCUGGUUAAAGAUAGUCUGCCCGUUCCUCGACGUCGGGCCCAGACCACAAAUGGAGAGCAAGCUCAAGAUUUGAAGGGUAUACUCGGGUGGAGGGAUUGA